AUGGCACGUCAUAAACGCUCUGACUCGAUUACCUCGUCGGAUUCAUCAGCAUCCUCGCGUAGCUUGAACUCGGUAUCACCAGUGGACCCCUUACCUUCGAAGAAGGUUUCAAAGAAGGCCACGAGGCCCAAGAAAAGACGUCGUUCGUCGGAUAAUGAUGAGAAAAGGGCGAGGAAAAAAGAGUCCGAUAUUGAUCCUGACGAGGAAUUUCUCGCCGCUGCAUGCUGUAUAGCGCGUUGCAUCGAUGUGUUUUGUUUGGCUCUGCAGCAGCGCGAUGCUGCAGAGAAUGGUGAUCUAUCAGAAGAUGAAGACACCCAGGCUUGUCGAGAGACGCGGCUCUCGAAGAUAUCACCUCAAGUUCAAGAACAAUACAAGAGGAACUAUGCGCGGCUACUUCGCCUCGCUCCAAGUCUGAAACCUCUACUCGGUGACCCUCGUAAAGCCUCUGAGCUCAAUGAUAUCAUCAAGAAGAUGGAUGCUACUAUCUCGGGUACUCGCUCUGACGAUGCCUCACGUCUGAAGAGUCAAAUCGGCCAUUAUGUGGCCUUCAACACCAAAGACCACCCAAUACGUCCAGCCAUAUACGACGGAAGUGGUUCGCGUACCCACUUGGGUAUCAACCACCCUGUUCUAGCGCGCUUUCUCUGUCCAGUCAGGGAACUCAAAAGAUUUUCAGAGGACGCUGACAAGGCACUUAAAGACAUUCAAUGCGGCAAGGUAAACUUGACUGCAUCUGCACUUCCCGCAUUUCUAUGGGCCGGAGACCCACCAGGUCAAGAAUAUGACGACGACAACAUGUUCGAAGGCAUGUUUGAUGGCUACUUACUGGAGCGGACUAUGCGGCACAUUUUUACGAGUCCCUUGAGUGCAUAUGGAGGGGAGACACGCGCGACACGCACCUGCAACGCCACUUUACACGACAUGACGACGGUGGAAGCAGCUCAUAUUUCCUAUGGCUGCUUACAGGUUCGUUUUGGUAUCAGCGCCAAGAAUGCAUGGUCCGAAAUUGACGGUGCCUUCAACUACCGGGAGUUCUACAACAACAUUAUCGAGCUGAUUGAAGAUUCACCUGACCCAGAGUGGAAAGAAGACCUCCUCAAAGCUUGGAAUGUGAAAAUAUUCAAGAAUGAGGAGGGCCGUGACAGCAAUGGUACUAGAGACAACGAGAAAACCUCCGGCUCUCGUGAAAGCAGGGAUACCGACCUAGCAAGAGUCCGUGCUCAAAUGGCAGCACAUCGUGCAGCCAAGGCAGUCCCCACACCAGCUCCUUCCACUCACGAACCAACUCCAGCUCCACCUCGUGAGCCAACUCCACUUCCACCACGCGAGCCAACCCCAGCUCCCCCUGCUUUACCUGCACGUGCCAAGUCACAUGCACUGAGUGAUCUGACAGAAGCCGAGGACGAUGAGGAUUCCGAGCGUGUCCCAAUCAAACGCAAGGGUAAGAAGGCUGGUGGCCGUUCAAAGCGCAAGGCACCUGCAUCAACAGCAGUGCGAAAAAGUUCGAGGAAAUAG